AUGUUUGGAGGAUUCGCUCCCCCGCAGCAGUCUCCCGAGGAAAUCCGCGCCAUGGAAGCCGAGGCUACCUUUACGGUGCAGCAGGUCGUCGCUACAGCUUUCAUGUUGUAUCUCUCUCCUUUCGCCAUCGACAUGGCCAGUAGGAUCUUUUAG